CGUGUUAUUGUAGUCUGUGGAAACCGCUUUUGGAUUUCACAUUUGCAGAAGAUUUGCAUUUGACUGCCUUUUAUUGGACCCCGCGGUCAAACAUUCUGUCAGCGUGUUGGGCUUUAAUAGGCCUUUAAGGAGCGACGAUGACGCUGCGGCAGGCUGGGUUUCUUCUGCAGUCUUACCUAAUGUUGGCAUCGGCCAUGUAUUUUGAUCUGGGCGAGCAGGAGGAAAGAUGCAUCAUUGAGGAGAUUCCUGAAGACAUGCUGGUGACAGGACAUUUCCUGCUGGCGCCGUGGGACUCAAAGUCCUCCACCCACUCUCCUCACCUCGGUGUCACUGUGACGGUCAAAGACCCAAACCACGAGCUUUUGAUGACCAAGCGCUUCGGCAUCGUCGCUAAAUUCAGCUUCACAGCCCACAUGUCCGGUCAGCACUUCCUCUGCUUUCAAACCAACUCCUCAAGGUUCUCCGUCUUUGCUGGAGAACGUCUGAAGUUACACUUACACGUCCAGAUCGGAGAGCACACCAUUAAUCCACAAGCGGAUAGAACCAAAGAAAACUUGGAGACGCUGGAAAACGGUCUCCAGCAUCUUAUUGAUCAGAUGGUGUACAUCGCCAAGCAGCAGGACUACCAGAUGGAAAAAGAGGAGAUGUUUCGUCAGAUCAGCGAGGACACCAACAGUAAAGUGCUGUGGUGGGCCGUGGUGCAGAUCUUCAUCCUGCUCUCUGUUGGUUUCUGGCAGAUGAAACGACUCAAAGACUUCUUCAUCGCCAAGAAACUUGUCUGAUUAACAC